GUGGAUUUAAGGAAAGAAUACAAAAAUGGUAUUCCAUCAAGCAAUUGAAACAAAAUGGAAAAUUGCUACCCUACAAAUAUUUCCAAAUUAAACCUCAUUUUCAUGUAUAGUUAAGAUGCAAUUAAUUGCAAGAGCAAUAAAAGCUUGUCAAGAAAGGCUUCGUAUACCAGUUGUACAACAAUUACACAAAUACACGGAUAAUGCAUUGAUAGUAGAAUCUCAAAAGGGUAUGGAAAACACAAGGGUGGCUGAAGUUUUAAUGACAAAAGAAGAUGGGAAAGUUGGAUCUUGGCUAUGGUGCAAGACCGAUGACACAGUCUAUGAUGCUGUGAAACAUAUGGCUCGAAACAAUAUUGGAUCUUUAGUCGUUUUAAAACCCGGAGAUGAACAAAUGAUUGCAGGAAUCGUCACUGAAAGAGAUUACCUGCAGAAGGUAAUUGUCAAGGAUAGAUCUUCUAAAUACACGAGAGUUGGCGAAAUCAUGACAGAACAGAACAAGCUCGUAACUGUGACAUCUGAUACAAACAUUUAUCAAGCAAUGCGGCUAAUGUCAGAAAACCAAAUACGUCAUGUCCCGGUCAUAGACGAAAGGAUAGUCGGGAUGAUUUCAAUUGUUGAUGUUGUACGAGCAGUGGUGGAUCAACAAAGCAAUGAAGUGAAUAAACUGAACAAAUUCAUCAAAGGCGACUACUACUAGCUAGCAUUUGUCAUAACAAGUGUUUGUUUCUCUAUUUUCGGUCAACCCGUGUAUCAUCUUCAAAUUUUCAC